AUGUUUCGGGCCACCCGGCUAGGGUUUGUGCUAGCAUGGCGGCUGGCGGCCAUUUACGCUAUCGCCGACGCUUCGUCAGGAGACGGGAGCGGCUCUGAAGGCGGGGGCGGGUCGGUGCCGGCCGCGCUGGCCGCCACCAGCCAGCUGAUCGCCCGUGAGGGAAGUUGCGUGCUGAUCAACUGCAACGUCAGCGGCGACCCCUUCCCAAGCAUCAAGUGGUUCAACUCUCACGGAGACGCGGUGGACACCGACGGCGGCGGCAAGUGGUGGCUGCUGGAGAAUGGCGUCCUCAACAUCAGCGGCGUGGAAUUCGCCGACCGCGGCAAGUACACGUGCGUGGCCUCCAACGCGUACGGCACCUCCAACUGCACGGUGACGCUGCGCGUGGUCUUCACCAAGGGCGACAUGGGCGUCUACUACAUGGUGGUGUGCCUGGUGACCUUCACCAUCAUCAUGGUGCUCAACGUGACGCGGCUGUGCAUGAUGAGCAGCCACUUGAAGAAGACAGAGAAAGCCAUCAACGAGUUCUUCCGCACCGAGGGCGCGGAGAAGUUGCAGAAGGCCUUCGAGAUCGCCAAGCGCAUCCCAAUCAUCACCUCGGCCAAGACGCUGGAGCUGGCUAAGGUCACGCAGUUCAAGACCAUGGAGCUGGCGCGCUACAUCGAGGAGCUGGCGCGCAGCAUCCCGCUGCCGCCGCUCAUCAUGAACUGCCGCACCUUCAUGGAGGAGAUCCUAGAGGUGGUGGGCGUGGAGGAGAUGAGGCACACCUUCCUCAGGCAGGCGCCCGAGAUCCGCCGGGGCGGGGAACACUCCGGGGAGGUCUUCGCGGGACAACCCGAGCGCAGCGAGUCCCCCGCCGCCGACUCUGACAACUCGUCCGUCCAGGAGCAGCCGCGGCACAUCGCCAUCCAGGUGUCGGUGCACCCUAGGCUGGAGCCGGACCCCGUCCCGUCCAGGGAUGACGCAGAAGGCGGCACAAACGAGCGGCCCGCUGCCACUAGUCCGCCGCCCUGUCAGGUGUUUUAUGAGAGUCACGUAUGA